AUGAGUUCGACUAAACUUCCCUUCGAUCUUAAAAACACGUCCCUCUUCCACGAUAAAUCAUACGUCAACGGAGAAUGGAUCGAAGCUAAAUCCGGCAAACGUUUCGACAUCAGAGAUCCCGGAACCGGUCAAGUAUGGGCCACAGCACCCGAUAACGAUGCAUCGGAUGUAGAUGGCGCCGUGCAAGCGGCCCACACGGCUUUUCAAUCUUUCAAGAAAGUGAAUCCGAGAACGAGGGCCCAGUGGCUUUUGAAAUGGGAUUCUUUGAUUAGGGAGAAUAAGGAGGAUUUGGCUAAGAUUGUUACUUAUGAGACUGGAAAACCUACCGCUGAGAGUUUGGGUGAGAUAGAUUAUGCCUUGGGCUUUACGUGGUGGUUUGCUGGGGAGGCGGAGAGGGUUACGGGGUCGAUUCAGACACCCUCAGUAUCAGGUAGGAGAGUAUUCACCGUCAAGCAACCAGUUGGUGUGGCUGCUGCAUUAGUACCAUGGAAUUUCCCCAUUGCAAUGAUUCUGCGAAAGGCUGGAGCUGCCCUUGCAGCCGGUUGCUCCAUGGUAGUGAAACCAUCGCCAGAAACACCUCUAUCCGUGCUAUCUUUAGCUAUGCUUGCUGAGCAAGCAGGGUUCCCAAAAGGUGUAUUUAGUGUUUUAACUACAAGUUUGGAUAAUACCCCUCCGUUGAGUGAGGCAUUGUGUCGUCAUCCGUUGGUUAAAAAAGUUACCUUUACUGGUUCGACAAGAGUUGGUAAACUUGUGGCAAAACUGUGUUCUGAUGGACUGAAGAAAGUUACCUUGGAACUUGGUGGCAACUGUCCUUUUAUAGUAUUUGAUGAUGCGGAUCUAAAUCAAGCUGCUGAUGCACUCAUGGGUCUUAAAUGGCGUCACGCCGGUCAAGCUUGCAUAACCGCCAAUCGUGUAUAUGUACAAUCCGGUAUCUACGAUGCCUUCGCCACACUCAUCAAAGAAAAGACGUCCAAACUCAAGGUCGGCCACGGUGCCAAAGAAGGAACUACACUCGGACCCCUUACCACUUCUCGAGGUGUCGAUAAAGUCACAGAUCAAGUCGAAGAUGCCAAGAAACAUGGUGGGCAAGUGGUACUCGGAGGUGCAAAAGUCAAAGAUACCACGGGGUAUUUUUUUGAACCGACGAUUAUUUUGGGCGCGAAGAAGGAAAUGUUAAUUACGGAGGAGGAAACCUUUGGGCCGGUGUUGGCGUUGUAUUCUUUUGAGACGGAAGAAGAAGCGGUUGAGGCGGCGAAUAAUACUAGUAUGGGUCUAGCAUCCUAUUUCUUCACCAAGAACAUCGAUCGUACUUGGCGACUUUUAGAAAAUCUAGAAGCGGGUAUGAUUGGUAUGAAUACUGGUAGUUCAUCCGCAGCUGAAUCACCAUUCGGCGGAAUCAAAGAAUCAGGCUAUGGAAAGGAAUCCGGAAAAGAUGUUGCGAUUAAUGAGUAUCUUAUUACAAAAACGGGAACGAUGACGAUUGAUGGUCUUUAUUAG